GCCUUUCCAAUCGGUCUGGUUUCGCAGCUCGCAAAGAAGAAUUUCCUGUUUGGGCUGCACUGUACAGAGACACAGUGAUCCCUGCUGUGAGCCACCAGCCCUGUGUGCUGAGCUGAGGGCUAAUGGCCCCCACAACAAUGGGCCCUUUUCAGGUUCCGAGGUAGGGAGCGGAAUCAGUGUACCCAGGAGAAGGGCUCAGCUGCUGCUAAGGUGGGAAAAAGGGAAGCUAGAAACAAAGAGGUCGCCCACACUUACUCAUGGCUAACAAAAUGAGUUCAAACAGCACUACUGCCCCCAGUGCCGCUGCUCUGACUACUGCCAAGCCUGGCUUCAUCGAUGACAUUAUUAACAAAAUACCUCUACCCAGAUGGGCUCUCAUCGUCAUUGCAAUUGCGGCAGGCCUUCUCCUCAUCCUCUUCCUCAUCUGCAUCAUCAAGUGCUGCUGUUGCAAGAAGAAGCACAAGAAGAAGGAGAAACUCAACUUGCAAAACAUCAAUGGCUCCACCACUGCCAGCCUGGUCCAGCCAGAUAUGGAAGAUUUGGAGUCUGGACUCGAGAACGAGAAGCGAGGAAGGCUGCAGUAUUCCCUGGAGUAUAACUUCCGUAGCCAGGAGAUGAAAGUUGGAGUGAAGCAGGCAGCAGAUUUAAAGGCCAUGGACAGCGGGGGGACCUCUGACCCAUACGUUAUUGUCUACUUAACAUCUGAUAUGAGGAAGAAGUAUGAAAGCAAGGUUUACCGGAAGACUCUGAACCCUGUCUUCAAUGAGACCUUCACCUUCCAGAUUCCCCAGGCGGAGAUGUCCGAGUCCACCCUGGUGAUGCAGAUCUAUGACUUCAACCGCUUUGCCAAACACGACAUCAUCGGCGAGGUCCGGCUGCCUCUGGGCGACUUUGAUCUGCAGCACGUGAUUGAACAGUGGCAAGAGCUCACCGCUGCCAGUAAGAGGGAGCAAGAGCGCCUUGGGGAGAUCUGUUUCUCACUCCGAUACAUCCCCAGCACCAGUAAGCUCACCGUGGUGAUCUUGGAAGCCAAGAAGCUCAAGAGGAUGGACUCAAGUGGAUUAUCAGACCCCUUUGUCAAAGUGCAGCUUAUCUUGAACAAGAAGAAAUGGAAGAAGAAGAAGACAGGUGUGAAGAAGAGCACUUUAAGCCCCUACUUCAAUGAGGCGUUUAAUUUUGAGGUGCCUUUCAACCAGAUCCAGAACAUCGACUUGGUGAUUUCGGUCUGGGAUCACGACAAGGUGACCAAGAACCAACAGAUCGGCAAGGUGCUCCUGGGCUGCCGAGCCACGGGCAACCAGCUGCGCCACUGGUCAGACAUGCUGGCCAAUCCCCGCCGACCCAUCGCCCAGUGGCACAGCCUGCAGCUGGUAGAAGAAGUGGACAAAGCCCUGGGGCUGAAAUCCCACUUCAAGCUGCCUUUGCCUGGCAAAUAAAGGGAGGCUUCUAUCUCUCUCUCUCCACUCGGGAGCAUAAGGAACCUGAGACAAUGGGCAUGCUUGGAUGGAUGGUCUGGAGUGCCAAGGAAAGGCAAGAAGAGCCCGGGCUGGGAGAGUAGGGGGGAUUUUGCUAUGAAGAAUCUGUAUUGAUUAGUAUACAAUCUGUAUCGAUUGUAGCCAAAAUGUAAGUGAGCAAGAACCAAGUUCCCCAGGCCAUGUUGGGAGCUGGUCACUCAUGCAUGCACUCAGGGCACCUUAGGCUAAUGACAAGAGCUUUGAGAGCACCCGAACCUACAAUCCAUCCCCAGCAUAACUAUCCUGUUUUGAGCCAGUGGAGGGGACUGUGUGGAACAUGUCUCUGUGCUAAAUUUUGGGGUUGGGAGUUGACGCAGAGACAAUUAUACCCCAGGCAGAGUGGGUGGGGAUCUGGAAAGAGCCUGGCCUCAGGUGAGGAGGGGAAUACUGGAGAUGUACGGACACAUGGAGUGGGUUAUUUCCACCAUGUCUAGGAGAGAGAAAUACAUGCUACUGAAAAUAAUGCAAUAAGGACACUUCCUUUGACACAAACCUGCACAAAAACAACACCACAGUUCAAUGGACUGCCACGGAUGAAUGGGCUGCUUCUUACUGGAAGGACCCAGGUGGGAUGAUCAUCCAGAAUCAUAUUUUACUGGGGGGGGAGGGCAUUCCUAGAUUUUUAUACAAGCCAAAGAUGCUGAGUCAUGGCAGGCUAGGGAAAGAUGUGAUGUCAAGGAGUCUGGUCCUCAAAUUGCGGGUAGAAGGACAGACUUGCAGUCAAGGCACUGGAGUUCAAAUCUCUGCUCUGCUACAGGCUUCCAAUGGACUUUAGGCAUGUCACCUAGUCUCUCAGUGGGAAUACCAGGGAUGCCCUACCUCCCAAGCAUGCUGUGGGACACCCACUUUGACACAAUGGUCAUGGGGCUAGGUACCUAGUUAGACAGACCUCCGGCAUUUGCAUUUCAAGGGGCCAUUCAUUCUGGGGAUUUUUAAGGGGUUCUUUGUUUUAGAUUAAGACUUUAGGCGAGUUUUACCCUGAUGCCACGGGGCACCUGUGCCAGCCUUUGCCAGCCAGGGCUUCUCUUGAGAGAAGACGGAAUUGGCCAGGUGUCAAACCGCAUCUUUGCAAAUACUGAACACUGAACACACUCUUAGUCUGUGUGCAUGUAGUGCCUAGACAAUGGGACCCCCAUCUCGGCUGGGGCUGCUAGGUGCCUCCAUCAUAUGAAUAAUUCUUAAUAGUAAUAAUUAAAAAAAUCCCUAUGCUGGAAAAGCAUCAGAGGUACAGAACAAUAAAAUCCAGAA